AUGAACCUUUAUUCAAACUUGUCAGCGCCUGGAGUUCCCAUAAAUCAGUGCAUUGACUUUACUGCUCCAACCAGAGGCCCUGAGCAUCUGCAGGCCAUGGGAGUAGUGCCUGUGUGGAGUAGUGUGGACAUUCUCUUGCUCCAAUACACAGCAUUAUGGAAUGGGUUACUGCGAACCACUUCAAGUGCAGAUGAGGUUGCAGCGAGAACAGCACGCCACUCUUUGUCCUCCUGUGCCGAGCCUGUGUCGGUGUCAGUGUGAGGUGAGAUCGUUGGAAUGGCCACGUCCAGUCAAAGAAAUUUUGACUCACUGGACCUUGCAGAACUUGCUGAAAAGCAGCCAUGGUGGUGCAAGCUGUUUGGCCAGGAGUCUGGGCCCUCAGGUGAAAAGUAUAGUGUGGUAACCCAGCUAUUAAUUGGAGGGGUCACUGGAUGGAGCAUGGGUUUCAUAUUCCAGAAGGUUGGAAAGUUGGCUGCAGCAGCUCUGGGAGGAGGAUAUUUUCUCCUUCAGCUUGCAAACCAUACUGGGUACAUCAAAGUUAACCAGCAACGAGUAGAGAAGGACAGGAAGAAAGCCAAGGAACUGCUGAAUGUCCAUAAGAGCAACCACUUAUCUAUGGAAAUGAAAAGCAAAACUGAGGAGAUGGUGUCAUUUGUGAAGAAUGUUCUAGUGACUGGGUUUUUAGGAGGAUUUCUGCUUGGCAUUCUAAGGAGGAUGACUUAUUGUUUCCCUUUUUUCCAACUAGCAGCCUCUUCGUUCCAUCUUUGGACAUCUAGUCUACUCUCCUUCCUCCUCUUCUCCUGUGCCUUCCUCCCUGCUUUAGCAUAUCAGAAUAGCUUCUAUAGGCAUCUGUUGGUACAAUGUGAUAAUGACCCUACUGUGAGCUUCAUGACAACGACGGAAAAGAUGAUAGACAUUAAUUCUCCUCUAAGAACACUCCCCGUCUGA